ACUUCUGCAAUUAGACAGUUGCAAUUUUAGGGGAUCCUUUUUUCACACUAUACCCUUCUGUUUUUAAACUUUCUUUACUUUUGAAAAUGUGUGUCUUGAGGUGGAAUACUCAAUUGACCCUUCAUCUCUCCUCUUUUUUUGCUGCCCUGCAGUGUUGCAGUUGAAACUCCAGCAGCGCCGGACCCGGGAAGAACUGGUGAGCCAAGGGAUCAUGCCACCUUUGAAAAGUCCAGCUGCAUUUCAUGAACAGAGAAGGAGCUUGGAGCGGGCCAGGACAGAGGACUAUCUGAAGCGAAAGAUUCGUUCCCGGCCGGAAAGAUCAGAACUGGUCAGGAUGCACAUUUUGGAAGAGACCUCUGCCGAGCCUUCCCUCCAGGCCAAGCAGUUGAAGCUGAAGAGAGCCAGACUAGCUGAUGACCUCAAUGAGAAGAUUGCACAGAGACCUGGUCCCAUGGAGCUGGUGGAGAAGAACAUCUUGCCUGUGGAGUCCAGCCUGAAGGAAGCCAUCAUUGUGGGCCAGGUGAAUUACCCGAAAGUAGCAGACAGCUCUUCCUUCGAUGAGGACAGCAGUGAUGCCUUAUCCCCGGAGCAGCCUGCCAGCCAUGAGUCCCAGGGUUCUGUGCCAUCACCCCUGGAGGUCCGAGUCAGCGAAACACUGCCCAGUGCCACUUCUAUCUCCCCAACUCAGGUUGUGUCUCAACUCCCAGUGGGCCCAGAUUCUGGAGAAAUGCUUUUCCUGGCCGAGCAGCCUCCUCUGCCUCCCCCACCUCUGCUGCCUCCCAUCCUCACCAAUGGAACCACCGUCCCUACUGCCAAGCCUGUCCCCACACUCAUUAAGCAAAGCCAACCCAAGUCUGCUAGUGAGAAGUCACAGCGCAGCAAGAAGGCCAAGGAACUGAAGCCAAAGGUGAAGAAGCUCAAGUAUCACCAGUACAUCCCCCCGGACCAAAAGCAGGACAAGGGGGCCCCGGCCAUGGACUCCUCCUACGCCAAGAUCCUGCAGCAGCAGCAGCUCUUCCUGCAGCUCCAGAUCCUCAACCAGCAGCAGCAGCAGCACUACAACUACCAGACCAUCCUGCCUGCCCCGCCAAAGUCAGCAGGUGAGGCUCUGGGAAGCAGUGGGGCUCCCCCAGUGCGCAGCCUCUCCACUACCAGUAGCAGCCCCAGCUCAGGUACCCCUGGGUCCUGUGGACUGGCACGUCAAAACAGCACCUCACUGGCUGGCAAGCCAGGAGCCCUGCCAGCCAACCUGGACGACAUGAAGGUGGCAGAACUGAAGCAGGAGCUGAAGUUGCGGUCACUGCCUGUCUCAGGCACCAAGACAGAGCUGAUUGAGCGCCUGCGUACUUACCAAGACCAAAUCAGCCCUUCCCCGGGAGCUCCCAAGGCCCCAGCUGCCACUUCUAUCCUACCCAAGGCUGGCGAGGUGGUGGUCGCCUUCCCAGCAACCCGGCUAAGCACUGGGCCAGCCCUGGUGGCAGCAGGCCUGACCCCAGCCGAGGUGGUAGUGGCCACAGUGACCAGCAAUGGAGUGGUGAAAUUCGGCAGCACGGGCUCCACACCCCCUGUGUCUCCCACCCCCUCAGAGCGUUCACUGCUCAGCACGGGUGAUGAGAACUCCACCCCUGGGGACACCUUUGGUGAGAUGGUGACGUCGCCUCUGACACAGCUCACCUUGCAGGCCUCGCCACUGCAGAUCCUUGUGAAGGAAGAAGGCCCCCUGGCCGGGUCCUGCUGCCUGAGCCCUGGGGGGCGGGCAGAGCUGGAGGGUCGUGACAAGGACCAGAUGCUGCAGGAGAAGGACAAGCAGAUUGAGGAGCUGACUCGCAUGCUCCGGCAGAAGCAGCAGCUGGUGGAGUGGCUCAGGCUGCAGCUGGAGCAGGAGAAGCGGGCCCAGCAGCCCAGCCCAGUCCCCACUCUGGCCCCUCUUGGCACCCCCGUGAAGCAGGAGAACAGCUUCUCCAGCUGCCAGCUGAGCCAGCAACCCCUGGGCCCUGCUCACCCCUUCAGCCCCAGCCUGGCAACCCCCACCACCAACCACAUAGAUGCCUGUGCUCCGGCCCCGGGGCCCCCAGCCGUGGUGGUGAAGCAGGAAUCCGUGCUGCCCGAACCUGAGCCGGUCCCUGCCCCUCAGCUGCUUCUGGGCCCACAGGGACCCAGCCUCAUCAAGGGGGUCACACCUCCCACCCUCAUCACUGACUCCACAGGGACCCACCUUGUCCUCACUGUGACCAAUAAGAAUCCCGACAGCCCUGGCCUGUCCAGUGGGAGCCCCCAGCAGCCCUUGUCCCAGCCUGGUUCUCCAGCCCCUGGCCCGCCUACCCAGAUGGACCUGGAGCACUCGUCACAGCCCCUCUUUGGGACCCCCACUUCUCUGCUGAAGAAGGAGCCACCUGGCUAUGAGGAAGCUGUGAACCAGCAGCCCAAACAGCAGGAGAAUGGUUCCUCAAGCCAGCAGAUGGAUGACCUGUUUGACAUUCUUAUUCAGAGUGGAGAAAUUUCAGCAGAUUUCAAGGAGCCGCCAUCCCUGCCAGGGAAAGAGAAGCCGCCCUCAACAACAGGCUGCAGGUCUCCCCUGGCAGCACAGCCCUCACCAUCCACUGAGCUCCCUCAGGCUGCCCCACCUCCGCCAGGCUCGCCAUCCCUCCCUGGGCGCCUGGAGGACUUCCUGGAGAGCAGCACAGGGCUGCCCUUGCUGACCAGUGGGCACGAAGGGCCGGAGCCCCUUUCCCUCAUCGAUGACCUCCACAGCCAGAUGCUGAGCAGUGCUGCCAUCCUGGACCACCCCCCAUCACCCAUGGACACCUCCGAAUUGCACUUUGCCCCUGAGCCCAGCAGCAGCAUGGGCCUGGACCUGGCUGAUGGCCACCUGGACAGCAUGGACUGGCUGGAGCUGUCAUCAGGCGGCCCCGUGCUAAGCCUGGCCCCCCUCAGCACCACCUCCCCCAGCCUGUUCUCCACAGACUUCCUCGAUGGUCACGAUUUGCAGCUACACUGGGAUUCCUGCUUGUAGCUCUCUGGCUCCAGAGACUGGCGGUAGGGAAGGGGCCGGAGGGCGGGGGAGCCAGGAAACUUCAGCGAGUGGCUUUCUCCUGCUUGACUCGCCCUCUCCCGUGAUUGUGAGUCUUGACAAUCACAACCCCCGCUUUUUCCCUACUCCGGGAGGCUGGAGCAGAGCAGCUCCUCCUCCUGCUUCAGGCUCACCCAGGGCAGAGGAAAGUAGCUGUCGAGGAGCAGCCCUGGCUCCCAUGCUGGGGCUUUGGAGGUCUGGACAGAAUCAGGGCCAUGUCCAUUUGACCUUUUUUGAGGUCAGAGGUGCACCACCUGGCUGCAGUUUGACUAAGGCAGGUGAGGCCCAGCCAGGAGACACCUCUGCUAGCCCAGGGCUGAGACGGGUCGAGGGAUGAGUCUCUUUCCUUUCUCUUCCCCCUUUGCUGUGAGGGAAGAAGUUAGCCUGGACCGCUACCCCCCCGUUCCCUGUGUCUGCCAACCCCAGGGUCCCAAGGCUUCCUGGGAGGGGUUCCCUGCCAUUCAAGUGUCUUGGUGUAGUGUAACCAUUUAGCAGGAUGGUGGCAAAAGUUUUCUGUACAGGUGUAUAUACCUCUAUAUUAUAUAUCGACAUACAUAUAUAUAUAUAUACAUAUAUUUUUAGCGGGGGUGGAAGGUGGGUGCAGCUCCCUCCCAUCCUACUCUCACAGAAGGGCCUGCAGGGCCGCGGCACCUGGAUGCUGGAUGCGGGUUACCCCCAAGCUGUGUGCCAGAUAGUCUGGUGUCCAACCUGGCUGGCAGUUGCCCAGGCCCACCCAUCACGUGUGUUUGACAUGUAGACCCCCUGCCACAGCCUGCGCCCCACCUGUUCUGCUUCUUGGCUCCUUAUCAGUGCCACAAGGGCAGAGGUGCGUCCUGGCCUUUCCGCCAGGAGCUCUCCACCCACUCACAUUCCGUCCCCAAUGCCUCACUGCAGCCCACUUGGCCCUGGGACAAGGGGCUUCAGGCCCAGCUCCAUCCUGCUGUGGGGCUGAGAGGUGACCACGAAACUGUGGCCUUCUGCUGCCCUGGGGCCACUGGGCUCGCGUUCUGGCCUGAUUCGCAGGGGAGUAGGGAGGGAGUCACCGAAACCAGCUGGGACAUAAGGCGGGAUGUUGUGUGAACUUUCUAAAAUAAAAACAAAACACUGGCU